GUCCGCGUUCGCACGUCACGAAAGAGAAAUGGGGAAGGUACUAGUUUAGAUCAUGUCAUGAUUGGUUAGUAUUAGUAUUGAGAUCAACACGACCGCUUUCACCUGGCUUGAUCUUGAUCAUAGAGCUAGGAAAAUCGACAUUUCUACUAGUUUCUUCUACAACUUUGGCUCCGUUCUACUUGUACUUCCACAUCUUCCUCUACAACUAGAAGAUCGAAUACAUUCAUAGGUAAUGAUUUCAACAACUCCCAUCAUCUUCAGGUCGGGAGCAUUGUUGGUUGGCUGCACGGUGGACGGCCAACCGGGCCUCCCGUGCCACCAGAGGUGGACUUUCUGCACAAUAAGAUGAUGCGUGGCGAGCACCGUCCAGCGUCCAAGCAUGACGCGCAGCGGGAAUCUUCGAAACACGACAAUCUGCAGCAGUCGUUGAAGGUAUUGCAGCAGCACUUGGAAGAAAAGAAAAUGCUCAAGAAAAACGACGAGCUCACGUCAAAGCUACACUCCGCGAAGGACACACUGCAGGACCUCGAAGCCAGAAAUAUGGCCAUGCGACAACUCGGGGAAACGCUCACGAGCAGGUAAAUGUCCAUUUCCUGUCCUGUCCGUGUAAUUGUUCACGGGAUAAGCAAUAAGAGAUACGUUGAAGUGAGUGGAGAAUGAUGAUGUGUAGAACAAAAUGUGAGUGGAGAACAAAAGAACAUUUUUUACAGAGUUUCAUUACAUAUAACACCUCUUUUUUCCUGAUGUGUCGAUUGAAAUGUAGUUGUACCUAACAUCAACAGCAACACAGAAGAAGUAGUUCUUGUACACGUUAAUGUACCUACUAAUAUCGUAUUCUAGUACGCUACCUCUACAACGUCAAGAACCUCAACAUAGGUGGGAGGAUUACGCAGAAGAUGGCUUGAAUGAGAUCUUUUCUAAGGCGCGGCAAGCUGCAACCGUCGAAAUGCAGGCUAUGGAAGCCAAAGCGUUAGACCCUGACGCCCAUGUGGAUAAUGUCAAUGAGAACGGUGAACGUGUUCCAAUCACCAUGAACAUGCGAGAUGUUCCGGCGGCGAAAGUUGGGUAUGAUAUAACUUCUAGAGUAUAUAAGUAACUUCAUCUUUGAGAAGAUUACACUCAGUUUCUUGAUAUUCUAAGGUCCAGAUGCUUCUAGAGUAUAUAAUCGAGGAUAAAAGAUCGUUUGGAAGACUAGUCUUGCACCACAGUAUGCAAGUAGAAGUUACUGCUUCAUCUGUUAUUCUUAUUUCUUUCACAUGAUCGAUCCAAUUUCUUGUACCAUAUCAUGGACGGUGGAAACCGCGGCUCGCCUUGAAAAUGAAGAGAAAUAUCUGGCAUUUAAAUUUAAUGAUAACCUCUAACCUUCACUGAUAAAGAUAAAUAGAAAUAUCACCACGCACACGUCGCACGCCAAGGUUCGCGGUCCACGGUCUGAAAUCGAUCUGCCGAGAGGAUCAGCACGAGGUCCAUAUCUAUCCGCGAUAUUCCCAUCUCUUCAUGAAGGAAUGCGACCUGGUCUUCGAUUUCGAGGAGAAGUAUCCGGUUGUGCGUGAUGUGAUGCAGAGACAAACUGGAACUCGACCAGCCAUCGAGCGCGGGCACCGUCUUGUAAAAGUCAACCAUAAAAAGGUGGAAACACUCGAUUACCCGGAGAUUGUCGCAGAGCUCACAAAGAGGCCUCUGUAUUUUUGCUCUUGUGAUUCUUAGAACUACUAUGUAAUAUAGACUUAGACACCCCGCUCUUUUUAUUUUUUACAUUUGACGGGAAGGAAUUCUGAGGCAGCUUUUGAUUUUCUCUAUCUUUUGCCUAAGUACGCAAAAACUCAAAUUUAUUCAAUUUUGUCAUAGUCGAUCUUUCUCUCAACAGUCAAACUAAAACUUCAACUCUCUUCUACAUAACACCAGGAUGUUGGAAUUCGAAGCGCGACCUGCGGAGCGUGCCGCUAUCGAAAUUGCCAUUCGGAAUCAGGAGAAUGCGUUCAUUGGCGGUCCAGAGAAGCUGUUCGCACAGAGAAAGCCACCUGCGAUCACAGGCCUCGGCGCAGACUUUUUGCGAGAUGUCAGGCGUCCCGCGUAUAACAAAUACGACGAGCGGCGAUCCUUUCGAUUUCUACGACAGAAAACGAAACAGGUGCUGGGCGAGUAGGUGGAAGGAUCUUACAGAUGUUGCUCUUGGUUGUGGUAUUUUUUUGGUGUGGAGGAAUGGUAUCAAUCAUCAGGUUCAUCGGGAGGCGGAGCAUGGUUUUUGGACACAUGGAAAUACUGGGGAAACGUCUUUCGGGUGGACGCCGACAAUCGAAGUGGUGGAGGACUAUCGCAGUCACUCCUGUAGUCCACUGCACCUGCAGUACCUCUACGAACGACACCAGUCUGCUGCGGUCCUGGUGGCGCUCAGCCCUCAUGGUUAGUAGUAAUAGUAUGGAAGAUGAUCAUGAUCUUUUCUGGGGGUGCAGGUACCUCGUCCAUUCUUGGAUAAUUAAGCUGAUGAACAGAAGAUGAACUGGUGGAUCAUGUGCGCAUAGUGGAACAUGAACAUAAUCAUGGUAAUGUCAACAUAAAGCAGACUGCAGCUAUGGCUCAUCUUGCAAUUUCAUAGGUGUACUUACUAUUGACAACAUUGCAUCCUAACAUGAAAUAAAUGCACAGAAAGGCAGCUUUUGCACUCAUUAUCGCUAGAUACACAGAAUACUAGUAGAAAGAAGGUACUUCUUAGUGGUGUUGCCCGAUAAUUGCAUCUUGCAAGUGAUAAUUGGAGAAGAUUUUGGAACAAAAUACGAGGAACGAAUAGUAGGUACGUCGUGGCUAGGUUUUGCAAAGAAAGAGAAGAUACAGGAGAUGAGAUCGAUUAUAUAAUGCUCCUAGUACCAGUACAUCACGAUGAAGCUCUCAUUAUGCAUACUAAGUCUACUAAACUAAUGCAGUCGGACUACAGUUCGUUGGAGAUUGAAACUCCCCAUUCCGUGAAUGACUUCCCAUUAGCACUCGUCUGUGCAUCGCCAUGCUGAUCCCUUUCCUCUUCACCAAGAAAAUCCUUGAAACUUCCACUUACAUAUCAAGAUAUUCCAUAUGUAUAU